AUAUGGAAGGCGGACUCAAUAGACUUGUCACCAGAGUCCUAAUAAUAAAUAAAAAAAAUUAAGUGACGUGAUUUUGAAGUAGAUUUUUUAACCAUUAUUACCAGAGACCAAUAAACUAGUAUUAUUACCUAUUAAAUGUCUUUUAUGUUUUCUAAGUCGUGCAUGGUCUAGAUAUUCUCAAUAUCCAUCAUUAUUAUUUUAAAGAAAUGUUACGAAAUCGAACUAUACUGCGAUUUAUGUGGCACCAACGAUGUUAUAGAACAAUUGAUUAUGCAAGACCGUGUUUCACUAUAGUCCCUAAAGUAUGUUUAAGAAACCAAAGCACAAUCACAGUGGAAGAUGGAUAUGUAAAAAAAUUUAUGAAGGCUGUUGGAUGGAUGGACCAGUCUAGAACGCGCUUGAAACUUACUGGGUAUUUUCUGUAUGAAAAUAUACCUGGGAAUGUGGCAUAUGAAGAAUGGUUUGAAAGUUUAGAACUGCCAGACACAUUUGCAUCCUGGUUCAAUAUCACUGAGCUACAUGUGUGGUUGGUGAUGGUGCGUUAUAUGGCUGAAGACAUCAUUCACCCAACAACUGAAAAGACUAAAUAUGUCAAAGGAGAUGGUUAUUUUGUAAGAAACUGUAUAGUAGAGGCUAUGUGGGCUGAUGUAUCGAAUAGAAUCAAGUUACUAGAGGGUGCAAAUCCAUCCAUAGCAAGAAAACAAGUAUCAGAGCUGUCUGAACAGUUUCAAGCAGCACUGGUUGCUUAUGACGAAGGUUUAAGUGAUGACAGGGUUCUUGCUGCAGCAGUGUGGAGGAGAUUCUACUCACUUUCUGAAGAUGCAAAAGCUGAGCAUGUUGAGAGAAUUGUUAAGUUUAUCAGGCAUCAGAUUUGCAUAUUGGACAAGAUACCUAGUGAAAAUCUUAAAAUGAAACCGAAUAUUACAUGGUUAAGUAUACUGUCUAAGUAAAAAAGGGGUUAUGUAAAUAAUUUGAGAUAAUUAGUAGGUAGUUAUUUAAAAAAUAAAACUUAUUAUAUAUGUAA